AUGUCACAAGCCGAUAUCGACAGUCUCCAAGGCCAGACCAUAGUACGGAAUUUCACGAACAGCUUACCAGGCUCAACGACACUCGAGCGUGUGACCAAGAGCGCGCAAGAGGAGCAAGAUGCCUCAGAAGAACAACAGAUCGAGACCAGAAUGCGGAAGCUGUUCCAGGACGACAACGCAAGUGAUUCCGUUUUCGACGCCGUAGAAGACGCUAAAUGUCGAUUGGCGAGAGUGUGCAUUGACUUCGAAGCGCCUGAAUCGCCAUCGUCGUUAGUAAAAGCGAGAAUGAGCCGGAAGACAGCGCAAAUGAAGGCGAACGAGGCUAUACAAGGCAUAGCUGCUCAUGGAUUUGCCCAGCUACAUGAGUAUGUCAGCACUCUAGAGGCAACAUGGAAAAGCAAACAAGGAAAGUCCGGUCGGUUUUUCCAGCGAUUCCGAGAUGUUUGUAGAAUACUAGACGAUCACAAAGGCGUAUUCGACAUUUUCCCAUCGCAGACCGGUUACGCAUCUGUACUGUGUGGUGGAAUUUCUCUUAUCGUCCGUGCUGCUGUAAAUCACGACGAAAUCGCUGACGACAUCUCGGAUGCGAUAACCACGGUCACCGAGAAAGCAGCACGGGCAAGCAACAUUCUGCUUGUUCUUCGUACACGAGCGAUGCACAGGCUCCUCUCCGAACUUUAUGCACAGGUCCUCCUCUUCUAUCGCGAUGUCAUAGAAUGGUACAAGAAGUCGCGCACGUCUCGCUUCCUCGCAAGUUUCGACGAGUCUUUGGGAGAGCGAUACAGAAAGGCAAAAGACAAGAUCGAGGAUAUGCUGAACGAGAUGUAUAGGGAGAACAACAUCGCGAACACCGCCCGGGUAAAAUGGUUUUGUACCGAGACAGAACGGCGCGAUGAGGUUCUCCGUCAGCGGCAGCAAAACCCCACUCAUAACGUGUCGCGUCCAGGGCAGCUAGCACAUAUAAUGCUCCUGAGCUCAUUCCGAAUGAGAUGUAUUGAGUCUCGAGCCCGCACCCGAUCCGGGAGGUCCGCACAGCAGGACACUGUGAUAUCGUACAAAGAGGUAUGGAAGGACGCCAGCGGUAUAAGCCGAACGGGAGCGAGAGACUUUGCAGUUGGGUUACAAGCGCAUAUCGUAGGACACGAAGGCUAUUCGCUUCUCAACGAUGGUCGGUUCUGGCUCCCUGGCGCCGACAUAGGGUGCAAGCUUCGCGCCUGGUUCGAUCCCGAAGUGAUCUCCAUGACACUGUGGAUAUCGAGUGAUAACGUUCUGCAGCCGGAUCGUCCAGGUUCAUAUGCAGCUGCACUGAACAUGCUGAUUGUUGCUUGGGAGGCGGAGAUGCCAAUGAUAUCGCAUUUUUGCGAGCGGCCUCGGUUCGCGACCCUUGGGACGGAUCGCGACGUGGAGAAAGUCGGCCUCAUCGGUCUGGUGUACAGCCUAACGUCUCAGCUGUUGCAAUUCAAGUUUGACAAAGACAACUUCGAAGUGUCUGAAGACGCGCUACGCGGAUUGGAUGGUUCAGAUGAAAGCUGGCCGGCAGCUCUCGGGUUGUUCUCAGCACUCCUGGCAGCAACUCCACACCUCAGUAUAUGCGUCAUUGACAGCCUCAACGACCUCGCAUUUGGCGCUGGUGCGCAAUGGUGCGAUGCUUUCCUGCGUGUGCUGUUCGAGCACCAGAAGUCAUCAGCGGGCAUCUUCAGAAUUUUGCUUACUACUACUGGACAGUCUCGGGUACUGCAGGAUCAUGUAAAGGUUUCAGAUCGAGUGUUCACCCAGACAGAAGCGCGAGAAGUGAUUCGGGGUGGGCGUUGGUACACGAGUCCGGAAAAUUGA